AUGGAAAAGCAAAACGGACAAAUGAAUGCUCCUCACCCAGGAACGAAUUUACCACCUGACUAUCCCCCUCAAUAUCCUUCAGCAACACUCCAAGGACCUCCAGGACAUACUGGCUACCCUGGCCCCCAGUCUGGCUACUCAAUUCCACCAGCUGGUUAUUCAGGUGCUGGCCCAGUAGGGUUUCCUGUCCAACACCAGCCUGUGUAUAAUCAGCCAGGUGGACCUGCAGGGAUACCAUGGAUGCCAGCACCACCACCUCCAUCAGGCUGUCCACCCGGAUUGGAAUAUUUAAGUCAGAUAGAUCAGAUACUGGUUCAUCAGCAAAUUGAGCUUCUGGAAGUCAUAACAGGUUUUGAAACUAAUAACAAAUAUGAAAUUAAGAACAGCUUUGGACAGAAGAUUUACUUUGCAGUAGAGGAUACAGACUGCUGUACCCGGAAUUGCUGUGGGGCUUCUCGGCCUUUUACCAUGAGGAUUAUUGAUAAUAUGGGCCAAGAAGUUAUAACUCUGGAGAGACCACUAAGGUGUGACAGCUGUUGUUGCCCUUGCUGCCUUCAGGAGAGGAGAGAGGAUGUACUAAAAAUUAUUGGUCCAUGUGUUGUGUGCAGCUGUUGUGCAGAUGUUGAUUUUGAGAUUAAAUCUCUUGAUGAAGAAACUAUAGUUGGCAAGAUUUCCAAGCAGUGGACUGGUUUUGUGAGAGAGGCAUUUACAGAUGCUGAUAACUUUGGUAUCCAGUUCCCUUUAGACCUUGAUGUGAAAAUGAAAGCUGUAAUGCUUGGUGCAUGUUUCCUCAUUGAUUUCAUGUUUUUUGAAAAGAGUGGAAACACAGAAUAA